AUGUGGCUGAUAGAUACCACGACAAUCAGGCUGCAUUUCAUUGAGGACCCGACGAAGUAUAAAUACGCAAUCCUUUCGCAUACGUGGGAAGGUGACGAAGUAACAUUCCAGGAGAUCGCAAAUCCAGAAGUGGCCAAAGAAAAGCCAGGAUUUCGGAAAAUCCAGUCGACAUGCGAGCUUGCUCGAGCUCGCGGCCUACAAUUUGCAUGGGUGGACACCUGCUGCAUCGACAAAACUAGCAGUGCGGAGCUCACCGAAGCGAUCAACUCUAUGUAUCAAUGGUACAAGCUCUCAACGAUCUGUUUUGUCUACUUGUCGGAUCUCUCUGACCAAGAGAUCCACAACUCCUUCGACCUUGUUUUCUUCCUGCACGCCUGCCGGUGGUUCACUCGUGGCUGGACUCUCCAAGAGCUUAUCGCACCCCGCUUUGUCGAGUUUUACGGCAAGAAAUGGGAAUUGCAUGGAGAUAAGACUUCUUUACUGUACGAACUAUCCGGCAUUACUGGUAUCGACGAGGCAAUUCUUGAAGACAGCGAAAUGGUUGCGUUCACUUCAGUGGCGAAGCGAAUGUCAUGGGCUUCUAAUCGGCAAACUACACGGGCAGAAGAUAUGGCUUAUUGUCUCUUCGGUUUGUUUGAUGUCCACCUGCCACUCAUCUAUGGAGAAGGAUGGAAAGCUUUCAUCAGAUUGCAAGAGGCCAUUAUUCUCGAGAGUAGUGAUCUUUCAGUCUUUGCGUGGAAGUCGGACUCCAAGGACCAGGUCAUCCGAGGGCUGCUUGCCUUCUCACCCUCUGAAUUUCGUAAAUGCGGCGACAUUGAAAGGGUCGAUGAUCCUCUCAUCUUGUCACCGGAUUUUGUGAUAACCAAUAAGGGGGUCAAGAUCGAAACCUGCUUAACGAAGGGAGAAGGCGGUUAUAUUAUGAGUCUUCAGUGCAUAGAAGCUGAGAAAAGAGUGUCCGGGGAGAGCGGCGAAGUUCUAGCAAUUAAGUUGUUGAAGACAGCGAACGGCUAUGUGAGACACAAGCCGGGCCAUCUCGCAACUAUUUCCGAUGUGCUCAAACAGCCGCCGCAAGAUUCUUCAGAAUUCAAGGCUAUAUCCGUUUGUAUUCCCAAGAUUAUCAGUCUCGCAAAAUCUCAGCUGCUUCAUGCCAGGUUGUUGCACCGAUUCUCUGUCAAGGUGGUCAACAACUCUCCAUAUUGGGAGAAAGUCACGACACAGCCGGAACAUCUUUGGGAUGAUGGCUCCAAGAGCUUCAUCACAGAGCACAAUGACAACUUUGCUGGCAAGAUUCAAAUCAAUCUCAAACCGAAGCGAUCUCAAUUCCGUCCCCAUAGCUUGAACGUCUUUGUGUGCCUUGGUCUGAUGAAUGAGUCGAACUUCUUGCGACCAUGGGCUGGGAUUUUUCAAGAUCAUUUCUCCCAUGGAAUACUGUUCGAGGACUCGGAGUUCCAAAAAGUGAUCCUUGGGUCGUCGAUGUUUACUUCACUUGCUAAUAUGCGGAAGUACAUGUGCCUCAGAGCUGCUCAAAAAACAUUGCCACAAUGGUUGACUCCUAUACUACUAGUUAAUUCAGAACUAGCGCUGCCCCAUGUGCAUAUAUCUCUAAGUUUGUCUGUGGAUAACGAACAGCCUGACGCUAGGUACAGGCUGUUCAUCUAUAUCGAUGGAGGAGAGAAUGAGUCUCGAUAG